UCUCCCCAGAGUCGGGCAGACAGCGGCGGCGGCGGCGGCGGCGGCGGCGGUGGUGGCAGCUGCGGGAGCAGCAGCGUCUCCUCGCCCUCCCUCCUUCCCUUCCCUCCUGGGCCUGGCCGCCCAGCCCGACAGGUAUGGCGCUGACAGUGGACGUGGUGGGGCCGGCACCCUGGGGCUUCCGCAUCACAGGGGGCAGGGAUUUCCACACACCCAUCAUGGUGACCAAGGUAACCGAGCGGGGCAAGGCCGAAGCUGCUGACCUGCGACCUGGUGACAUUAUUGUGGCCAUUAAUGGGGAGAGCGUGGAGGGCAUGCUUCACGCUGAGGCCCACAGCAAGAUCCGCCAGAGCCCCUCGCCCCUGCGGCUGCAGCUGGACCGGUCCCGGGCUGCCUCGUUUGGGGAGACCAACGGGGAGAGGUCCUUGGAAUUGCUAGCUACUCGCUUCCAGGGCUCUGUAAGGACACACACUGACAGCCAGUCCUCCCUGCGGUCCUCCUACUCCAGCCCAGCCUCCCUCAGCCCCAGGCCUGGCAGCCCCUUCUCUCCCCGACCCGCUACCAGCCCGCAUACCCUUACUGGAGAGGGGGUGAUCAGCCGCAGUUUCCAGAGCCUGGCACUCACCCCGGGACCUGCUGCUGACCACUUGUCCUACGGGGGCCGCCCUGGAAGCCGACAGGCUGGCCUCAGCCGCGCUGGCGACUCGGCUGUGCUGGUGCUGCCGCAUUCCCCAGGACCCCAGUCCUCCAGCCCCAGGCUCAGUGUGGACUCAGAAGGGGGAAGGCACCUCCUGGAAGAGGACUCAGAAGUCUUCAAGAUGCUGCAGGAAAAUCGUGAGGGGCGGGUGGCCCCCCGGCAGUCCAGCUCCUUUCGGCUAUUACAGGAAGCCUUGGAGGCUGAAGAGAGAGGUGGCACGCCUGCCUUCCUGCCCAGCUCACUGAGCCCCCAGGCCUCCCUGUCCACUGGCAGGGCCCUGGCCACUCCCCCAAAGCUCCACACGUGUGAGAAGUGCAGCACCAGCAUCACGAACCAGGCUGUGCGCAUCCAGGAGGGCCGGUACCGCCACCCCAGCUGCUACACCUGCGCGGACUGCGGGCUGAACCUGAAGAUGCGCGGGCACUUUUGGGUGGGGGAUGAGCUGUACUGCGAGAAGCAUGCGCGCCAGCACUACUCUGCAUCCUCCACCCUCAGCUCCUCCCAGGCCUGAGGGCCCGCCUUUGACUGACUGAGAGGCCUGGGGCACCUCCGGCCCAGGGGCCCUGUCAGUAGCAAACUGGCAUGGAAGGGGUGAUGGUGGAUGGUGGCGGUUACGUGAACUAAGUUUGGGGGCCUGAGGCCUGUUCAUUCUCGCUGGGUGAGGCCAAAGGUUGGGACUUAUCUCGGGCUGUGGGUGCUAAGGGCAGCCUCACCUCCCUAGGCCUCCCCUAGACACUCGUGAGCUUUUGCCCUGCAGGACAGGCACUGUGCUAUAGUCCCCAGUGGGCACUGCAUUCAGUUUCUGGGUGUACCACGUGGUAAGAAGGGUGGGACAAGGAGAUAAGUAUCUAGAAGGAGAGGCUAAAGGUCUUCACUGUGUAAAGUUUUCAAAAUAUGAGCUCUAUAAAUAUAUAUAUAUAUGAACAAAAUAAAGUAGGUGCCAUCCCCCUUCUUCCCUUCCCCAA